AAAAAAAAAUAUCUCUUUUAAAAGAAAAUCAAGAGAAUAUAGCUUCUCCAAAGACCCCCAUUCCAAUCCAUCAGAUCCCAUCACCUGCACUUCUGGAUCUAGCUGGCUGGAGCUGGACAGACGACAACGAUUCACUUGGUAAGAGAGAGGUACCUUUCCUACUUGUGUAUUGGUAACAAAAAAUCUCCAACCAAAAAAUGAUUCCUCUCUCAUCGUUGUCGUCGUCGUCAUAGAGGUAUCGGUGUCGUUUGUCAGUGCUGCAUUUUAUAGUACGUCUGCUCUAGCCAGCUUUUGCCAUCAACCACCGGUUUAGUUAUUCGAUUGCUGUCGGUUCGUCCGGAUAGUUGUUUUAUGCUAUUACGCUCUUCGUGUUUUUGGGUUUUUUUUCUUGGUUUGUGGUCAAUAUUUCUGGAAGAGUAUUUUUCGCCUCUUGGUGGCACAACGAUUCGGACGCGAAGGGUUGGCUUAUAUUUUGAAGUCUUCUUUGUACACAAAAGACACAAGACGUGUUUUGCCAAUUUUUAUUUUUUCUAUCUUCUGUUUUUUUUUGUUGGUUUGCAAUUGAAUGCAAAGUGGGCCCCGGUGUGUUUUGGGGAGAGUUUUUUUUUUAAAUAAAUAAAUAAGCGUGCGAAAAAUGGAGUAAAGUGUAGACGAAGAAAAUUUGAUCAAUAAAAUAAGACUCCAAGGUAUGUGGUGGUAAUACCUGGUGUGGUGUGUGGUGGCACCUUUAGGCCACAGAAUUAAGUGACAACCACAAAAAAAAAAAUUUUUUUUUUUGCAUAAAUAUUUUUGUAUUUUUUUUUUCUGACGGAGAUUUUUGUUUUUGAUCAAAUGAAAAGAAUUAAUUUUCGGUUGAAUGAACUUGUGCUAAUUUUUUUUCUUCGAUCUGUUUGUUUUAAGGGUGAUUUUCUAACAAAAAAAAAUAAGAAGCCUUGAGAAUAGGAAAAAUAAGGCUGAAAAUAAUUUUUUUUGCGUAAACAAUUUUGUAAACAGAAAAAAGUUGGUUCUAAAAAUAAGAAAAUUUAUUGCUUUGGAACUUAUUUGUCAGGUAUCUUCUUCUAACCGUGUGUGGAUCGUGUUUUUCGGUAUUUGGAAGAUAUUCAAAAAUUUUUAGCCGAUCUUUAUGAAUUUUUAAUGAUUAAUCGGUUUGAUGAUUGAUGUCAAUCUUGUAUGAAAAAUUACUAAAUAAAGUGGAAAAGGUGAUUAAGUUAAGAAGUUUUGGUUCUGGAAAAUUACAAGAUACAAAAUAAAAAUCUGUGGAAUUAAAAAAAAAAAUAUCGAAAACAGGAUUACCUAACCGACAAUUUUUUUUUUGAUUUUUUUUUCUUCUUACCUACAAUUUCUUUGCGGUAAACUUGAUUGAAAUUAAACUGUUUCUAUGCUUCUUUCUAAUAAAACAAAACAAAAACAAAGAAAAACAUUAUAAAACGCAACAAUUUCAAUAAAAAGUGAAAAUAAAAAUCUCAUUAUAAUUUCGUGUGAAGAUCAUCUCUCCGUCAUUUCUGUAACUACUGACAAAUAAACAAAAAAAUAAAAUAAAAAUAAAUAAAAAAACACUCAAACCAACAAACUUUGUAAUCUAAAUGACUUGAUGAAACUGACGAAAGUUCGUUACAAAAAUGAUUGUAAAAAUGGAUCCAGAUGAAUUGAUAACAUUUAGGGUACAGUAUCUAGUCGAUACUGAUCCCUUGAAUUGCACAUCAAUGUAUCCAAUUCCGACGAGGGCUCCAACUUAUGCCUUUGCUACAACAAUGCCAUUGGCAACCCAACUCGGAACGAUACUACGUUUACUUGGAGCACCACAAAGGCUCGAUGAUGCUGCAUUACAAGUAUACAAGGAUGGAGACUAUGGAGCUUAUCUUGAUUUGGAAUCCUCCUUAGCUGAACAAACGGAAGAAAUUGAAGGGCUCAAUACAAACCGUAAAAACUCAUUGGUGGUUCGAACGCAGCUGAGUGUACGAGUUCACGCAAUUAUUGAAAAACUCCUCACAUCCGAAGGAAGUGAACUCCGGCGAGCGUUGUUCUCAUUGAAGCAAGUCUUCCAAGAGGACAAAGAUCUAGUGCAUGCGUUUGUAGCUUUAGGCGGUCUUAACUGUUUGGUUCGUGUUGGCAAUGGAGCUGAUCAAAAUUACCAGAAUUAUAUAUUACGCGCCCUUGGCCAGGUUAUGUUGUACGUUGACGGAAUGAAUGGUGUCAUGAAGCAUGAACCAACAAUGCAAUGGUUGUACUCGUUAAUAGCCUCUAAAUAUAGGUUGGUUGUGAAGACCGCACUGAAAUUAUUGUUGGUCUUCGUCGAAUAUGUUGAGACCAAUUGUUAUCUCCUGGUGAAUGCAAUACAUGCUGUUGAUAGUGCUCAGGGCACUUUACCAUGGUCCAAUAUUAUGAAGCUUCUCAAGGACUAUGAUAAUGCUGAUACCGAAUUAUUGAUCUAUGCAACUUCUUUGAUCAAUAAAACUUUAGCUGGUCUAAAUGAUCAAGAUAGUUUCUAUGAUGAAAGUGAUCUGCUAGAACAACAAGGUAUGGAAGGUGUCAUUCAACGGUAUAUGUCAAGACCUGGAACAGAUUUAGAUCUCUUAGAUCAGCUUCAAUUGUAUGAAGCUGUUCUUAAAUUUGAAGAUGGUGAAGCCGAUGGAAUUCGAUUACCUGAUAAUUCUCUUCGAAAAACUAUGAGAUAUCGUCCGAGUACCGAUACAGCUGAACGAAGAAAAUCACGUCGCCAUAGCACUGGCACUAGUCCAUCUGCAAAUAAAGUCAUACAAUCACCAAAGAGAUUUACAGCACCAACACAUGGAAUAUUGGAUGAAGAUAGUUCAAGUUCCAAUAAUUCAAAUGAAUAUGCUAAUGGUUAUUUGAAAGAUAAUCGUAUUGAACCCAGUAUCACUCCCGGUUUUCGUCGCCGACGUGAACGUGUUGAACGACAAAAGAGUUUCCUUCGAGAACAACAGAAGGCUGCUGCCAAUGGUAUUAUGUCUGUUUUCGAAAAACGUGAUGAAUUGGGACAAAUAGUAACCGCCAUGCCAGUUCAUUUGAAACAAAACAGCGAUAGCCCUCCAGAAUCACUUGUUCUAACAAAUAACAAUAAUGAUGCCAAUAAUUGUAGUAACAAUAAUGCCACUAACAAUAGUCUCAAUGCCAACAACAACACAACAAUCAUCAACAAUAACAACAACAAUAAUACCUACAACACAAUCAACAACAACAACAACAAUGGUUUAGAAUAUUGUAGUCCCACAAAAAUAUUAUCAACAAACGGUUUCGACCGAAAUCGUCAACAACAACAACUUCAACCUCCAUCCCCAGUAAAUCUGUCAAAUGGGAAUAAACAAAAUGGCUCCCCAGAAUUCCUUAGCAAGAAGAAUCUCCUGAUGAAGAGCAAUGCAACUGUGAUUAACGGUAUUAUGAAGAACAUAAAUCGCAACGAAAGCGAAAAUCGAGAAGCGAUCUCAUAUAGUAGUCACAAAAAGUUCGAAAGCGAUGCGAAUCGCUUGAACAAUUACUACAGUCAAAUGAGUACACCAAAGAGUCAGACGGUAUUGGGUCAAAAGAACCACAAUGCCAUCGAGAAUAGUAUGUCGAAGCCGACAAGAACCAAUGUGAUAGCCGGAAAUGAGUCACCUUAUCAUCGUUUGCGAGAGAUGCAUUCACCAUCAUCCCCGGUGAUGAUGGACAUGGGAUUGCCUGUGGUCCCUGAAGCAGUUGUGAUGGUAAAGGAGCCAGUUUUUGUACCGCCACCUCCUCCACCACCGCCACCACCAAGUUUUUGGUAUGCUCCGUUGACGGUUCCGCAACCACCAGUAGCGGGAACAAGUUUGACGGAAAUGAUAGCUGGAAAGGUGACACCGUCGACGGUUUCGAGUAUGGGUGAAGAUGGGGAGGAUCCAGGUGAAGAAUCAGACAAUGAAGAAAAAAGACUCCUGCUGCAAUUGAAAAGAGAUCAUACUGUCAAAGAUUUGACAACAAAACUCAGUAAUAUGCCAAUGAGUCCAACACAAGAGGAUAAAUUACAAAAUCGCAUUGUCGGCGAUAUGACUGGACUGAUAUCAAAAGCCAAAGAAGGACUUGCUAAGAGCAAGAGCAAAGGAGAUAUUUCAAGAUCACCAAGUGUUGAUCAAGAAAUCAAAAAGGCUGAUCCCAAAAAAUCCGAAAAUGAAUUGCAUUGGGAAGAAUUGGUCAAAAGUAUGUCGCGUCCACUUAAUCUAUGCGACAUGGAUUUCACUGAUCUAAAUUCAGAAGAUGAAAAAGAUGUUUUAGCACCUCGAGGUUUGGGUGGUGGUAUACCACCACCGCCACCACCACAAGGUGUACCACCACCAAUGAUGAUUGGACAAAUAGUCUGCCCACCACCAAUGAAUAUGCCACCGCCAUUAACAAAUUUGGUUCCUCCACCUAUGUUUAGUUAUAAUCAAGGCAAUUAUAGUAAUAGUAGUAGUUUAAAUAAUUCAAUAAAUGGCGAUGUAAGUGGUUCGUCGACAGUUAAGAAAAAUAAGAAGACGGUCAAACUUUUCUGGAAAGAAGUAAGAGAAGAUAUGAUUCCCGUUGCAAUUGGUAAAACAAUUUGGGAUGAAUUACCAAAAUCAAAUGUAGAUACACAGAAAUUGGAGCAUCUAUUUGAAUCAAGAGCCAAAGAUUUAAUGACUAAGAAACAACAAGAAAUGAAUAAAAACAAAGAAAUUAUCGUUUUGGAUCAUAAACGAUCAAAUGCGAUAAAUAUUGCAAUGACUAAAUUACCACCACCGAGAGCAAUUAAGGCAGCAAUAUUAAAAAUGGAUGCCACUGUAGUUACACGUGAAGGUAUUGAUAAGCUGUUAAAUAUGUUGCCAACGGAUGAGGAACGAGGAAAGAUCCAAGAAGCUCAAAUGGCCAACCCAGAACUUCCUCUUGGUAGUGCCGAACAAUUCCUAUUAACACUAGCCUCAAUAUCAGAAUUAGCUGCAAGACUCAAAUUAUGGGCUUUCCGUUUAGAUUUUGAGAAUAGUGAAAAAGAAAUAGCUGAACCUCUAAUGGAUCUUAAGCAAGGAAUUGAACUUCUUCGCCAAAAUCGUACCUUCAAAUGUAUUCUAUCGACAUUAUUGUCAGUGGGAAUAUUUUUGAAUGGAGCGCCAGUCAAAGGUUUCCAAAUUGAAUACUUAGCCAAGGUACCUGAAGUAAAAGACACUGUACACAAACACUCACUACUGCACCAUUUGUGUCACAUGGUCAUGGAAACGUGUACAGAAACAACUGAUUUAUAUUCAGAAAUUGGUCCAAUAACUCGUGCCUCGAAGGCAGAUUUUGCCGAUUUGGCACAUAAUCUAAUACAAUUGGAGACUGAAUGCAAAUCAUCGUGGGAUAGACUGAAACUGAUUGCCAAGCAUGAUUGUCCACCACAAUUGAAACAAAAAUUAGUGGACUUUUUGGCCGAUUGUGCUGAAAGAAUUAUCAUCUUGCAAAUUGUUCAUAGAAGGAUUAUUAAUAGGUAUCGAAAGUUCCUUUUAUGGCUGGGAGUGCCACAACACAGUGUUGCAGAAUCAAAACCAAAUGAAUUUUGUCGCAUUGUGUCGGAAUUCGCUUUAGAAUACCGAACGACACGUGAACGUGUUCAGCAACAAAUCGAAAAGAAGGCUAAUCAUCGUGAACGAAAUAAGACUAGAGGCAAAAUGAUUAUUGAUGUUGGCAAAUUCCGCACCAAAGAAGAUCGAGCUGAUGCUGAGUUAAAGGAACUUCUUGGAUCACCCAGUCCAGGCAGUGCGAGUCUUGAUGGAACACUCACUUGGCGUCGCAGACGUGCUGAGAAUCUCCGAUCACCGAUCAUCAAACAAAAUGAUGAUAAUUUCACCGAUGGCGAUGAUGAAAUUCUAGAAUCGCUGGUGAAAACAGCAACAAAAACGUCUGGACCAAGACCGACGCCACGUGAAAGAAAACGUACACGACAUGCCGAUCGAAAAUCAUUGAAGAGAUCACGAACGAGAGAAGGAUUCACCAUCGAAAAGGCACCAUCGCCAUAGAAUGAAAAUUAGCUAUAACACAAAAAUGUGUGCGUCGAACAUUAAAAAAUGGCCUUACUGAAGAAGAAAAACAACAUGUUGCAGCUUUAAUUAAAACAUAUUAGAUGUUCAAAAUAGUAUUCAUCUCAUUUAAGCGCGUAUACAACAAUCAUCACUCAUUUUCUUAUUUAUCAUUUUUAAAAUGCCAUAAAAAUCAACAAAACCAGCGGAACCAAUCGAAUUCAUUUAUCAUUAUUAUCUAUGGAUAUAAAAAAAAACUUAAAUCGAAACGAAAAAAUAAAUAAAAAGAAAAAAACGAUCUCAGAAGUUUCUGUGUUUGUAUAUGUCCAAGUGAGUAUUACAGGACACACUGGACUUUCAUAAAUCCACACACACACAUAUCCAUUUUGCACUCAUCUAUCCGCAUGCCUUACAUAGUAUAUAAAAGUAACUUUAAACUCUGAGAAUCAUAAUUUUAAAACUUAAUAAACAAAAAAAUCUCGAAAAUCAAAAAAAAAAAUGUAAAUCAAGAAAAAAAAACUUACCUUUUCCAGUUAAAUAAUUUCUUAUUUAAAUUAUUUUAAUUUCCUUAUUUUAUUUUUAUCAAAAUGUAAAGUAUUAUUCAUUUAUUACAAACAAAAAAACAACAACAAAAAAAUAUUUGAUAUACAAAAAAAUUAUAAUUAUUAAAUUUUAAGUGUUGGAUGUGGAUUUUUAUGUUGGGACCCAAUUAUUGUUUCUAAUAAUUUUUUUUUAAUUUGUUAUUUUUGUAUAUUUGUGAAUUUAUUUAAUUCUACACAUCACA